AAUAAGUAAUCGAAAAUAUUCGAUAGCCCACACAACCCUGAUAAUUGUGCAAAGAAAAGGUGAAAAAAGAGAAAAUUGUAGAAAAAGUUCAAGUAAUUUUCGAGUGAAUUAGUUUUAACGCACAUCCCAAUUAUCAACAAAAAGUGGAAAGAAGAGCUGCACAAUGACGUGGGAACCACAAGGAGACGGUCUGCAGCAGAUCAUUGCGAUCUUGAAAGAAUCUCAAUCCCCGGACACAGCGACCCAAAUGGCCGUACAAAUGAAACUGGAGGAAUUCAAUCGGUAUCCAGACUUCAACAAUUAUCUCAUCUAUGUGCUGACAAAACUAAAAACGGAAGACGAGCCGACACGCUCACUGAGCGGCCUCAUCCUAAAGAACAACAUCCGCAUGCAUGGCAGCAAUCUGCAGCCAGAGAUCGUGGAGUACAUCAAACACGAAUGCCUGCAGGCGGUGGGCGAUACCUCGCCCCUAAUACGGGCCACAGUGGGCAUUCUGAUCACGACGAUUGCCAGCAAUGGUGGGCUCCACAACUGGCCCCAGCUGCUGCCCUCGCUCUGCGACAUGCUCGACAAUCCAGACUUUAAUGUGUGCGAGGGUGCAUUUAGUGCUCUGCAGAAGAUAUGCGAAGAUUCCGCCGAGAUAUUGGACUCGGCUGCCCUGAACAGACCCCUGAACGUAAUGAUUCCCAAGUUCUUGCAGUACUUCAAGCACUCCAGCCCCAAGAUCCGUUCCCAUGCGAUUGCUUGCAUCAAUCAGUUCAUCAUCAAUCGCUCCCAGGCGCUGAUGAUCAACAUUGACAGCUUCAUUGAGAAUCUGUUCCACUUGUCGUCCGAUGAGGAUCACGAGGUGCGCAAGAACGUCUGCCACGGUCUCGUCAUGCUGCUCGAGGUGCGCAUGGAUCGAUUGAUGCCACACAUGUCGCAGAUCAUAGAGUACAUGCUGCUGCGCACCCAAGACUCUGACGAGGGUGUCGCCUUGGAGGCAUCCGAGUUUUGGCUGUCGCUGGCCGAGCAGAGCAUCUGCAAGGAUGUGUUGGCCCCCUAUUUGGCGCAGCUGGCGCCCAUACUGGUGCGCGGCAUGAGGUAUUCGGAGAUUGAUAUUAUCCUGCUCAAGGGCAACGUGGAGGAGGAUGACAUGGUGCCGGAUCGGGAGGAGGAUAUUAGGCCGCGAUUCCACAAGUCCCGCACACACACGAUCAAGAGUGGCCAGGAGGCGGGCGGUGGAGGGGCGGGUGCAGCCGGCGAGGAUGAUGACGAUGAUUACGACGAUGGCCUGGACGAUGACAGUUCGCUGUCGGAGUGGAAUCUGCGCAAGUGCAGUGCGGCCGCUCUGGACGUUCUGGCCAAUGUGUUCCGCGAGGAUUGUCUGCCCAUUGUGCUGCCCAUCCUAAAGGAGACGCUCUUCCACCAGGAGUGGGUGAUCAAGGAGAGCGGUGUCCUGGCCCUGGGCGCCAUUGCCGAGGGCUGUAUGCAGGGAAUGAUUCAACAUUUGCCGGAACUGAUUCCCUACCUCAUCAGCUGCCUGUCCGACAAGAAGGCCCUGGUGCGCUCCAUCACCUGCUGGACACUGUCGAGGUACGCCAAUUGGGUGGUCGGCCAGCCGCACGAUCAAUACUUGAAGCCCCUCAUGGAGGAGCUGCUCAAGCGCAUUCUCGACUCGAAUAAGCGCGUGCAGGAGGCAGCCUGUUCGGCCUUUGCCACCCUCGAGGAGGAGGCAUGCACGGAGCUGGUGCCCUACCUGGAGUACAUCCUCAAGACGCUCGUCUUUGCCUUCUCCAAGUACCAGCACAAGAAUCUGCUGAUCCUAUACGAUGCCGUUGGCACCCUGGCCGAUUCGGUGGGCCACCAUCUAAACAAGUCGCAAUACAUUGACAUUCUGAUGCCGCCACUGAUCGACAAGUGGAAUCUGCUGAAGGACGACGACAAGGAUCUGUUCCCACUGCUGGAAUGCCUCUCGAGCAUUGCCACAGCGCUGCAAUCCGGCUUUCUACCCUACUGCGAUCCGGUCUACAGGCGCUGCAUAUCCCUCAUUGAGCAAACAAUUAACCAGGAAAUGCUUUGCAAACAGAAUCAAGCGUUCGAGCAUCCGGACAAGGAGCGCAUGAUUGUGGCAUUGGAUCUGCUGUCGGGCCUAGCCGAGGGUCUGGAUCGUCACAUUGAGACACUGGUGGCCAAUAGCAACAUAAUGCAUCUGCUCUAUCAAUGCAUGCAGGAUGUUCUCCCCGAGGUGCGCCAAUCGUCAUUUGCACUGCUGGGAGAUCUAACCAAGGCCUGUUUCCCCCAUGUGCAUCCAUUUAUGGCCGAAUUCUUUCCCAUUUUGGGCCAAAAUCUGAAUCCCGAUUUCAUUUCGGUGUGCAAUAAUGCCACUUGGGCCAUAGGAGAGAUUUGCAUGAAAUUGGGUGAGGAAACGAAGCAGUACAUCCAUCUAGUGCUCACCGAUUUGUUUGUUAUAAUCAAUCGACCGAAUACGCCCAAGACGCUGCUGGAGAACACAGCAAUAACAAUCGGUCGUCUAGGUUAUGUGUGCCCGGUUGAAGUGGCUCCUUAUUUGCCCGAAUUUGUACGACAGUGGUGCACAUCGUUGCGUCACAUCAGGGACAAUGAUGAGAAAGACUCGGCCUUUCGUGGCAUGUGUAAUAUGAUCACGGUGAAUCCAGCUGGCGUGGUGCCCGAUUUCAUAUUCUUUUGCGAUGCGAUUGCCUCGUGGGUGAAUCCGCCACAAGAUCUGCAUCAAAUGAUACAAAAGAUUCUCCAUGGCUUCAAGACACAGGUGGGUGAGGAAAAUUGGCGUCGAUUUGUGGAACAAUUCCCGCCAACACUGGCCGAGCGCCUGGUCACCAUGUACAACAUUUAAGGCGAAUCAAGGCACGUGGAGUGUUGCAGUGCGGAGUGGAGCAGACAGGAGACAGAGUUCUAAAAACUAGACAAUUAUGUACAAGCCAGCGUCGUAGCAACAACGUUUGCCCGGCUUCGUCUUAAUCUUUAACACAGCCCUAAGUUAUCCGAUUCGAUGCUGUUCGAAUGUUACGUUAAUUAAUUGAAAAUUGAAAACAGCAAAAAAACACACAUAAAACCAUAUAACCACACGCAUAACCACACACAUACUAUAUCGAUAUAUAUAUUAUAUCUUAUAGAGAUUGAGCUAGAUAUCCAGCAUGCAUGCAUAUGUAUAUCCAAGAGGAGAAGGAGAGAAAAUAUUAGGCAGAUCUUAGAUCUGGCAAGAGCUUCUUUAGGCAGUCCUGUCCUGUCCGUCUGUUCAGCUCAAGUAUCAAUAGAUGAAGUAUAUCCAUAGAUAGAAUGAUGUGUUCCGGUCGUACUUAACCGGAUGCAAGUGCUAUAGAGACAUAUACAUAUAUAUAUAGAUAUACCCAAAACAAUCCAACAAUACACUCAGCCACAGCCUCAAGAAAAAAUAGGGAAAUUAAUUGACGGGGCAAGCACACGGGUGUUGUGCCCCAAGCGGUAAUAUAAAUAUUAAAAAAUAACAAAUAAAACAACUCGAUCGUCGAAAACUCGUGUCGCGGUAAAUCAAUAAAAACAUAAACUGAAAGCGCUGGGCUAAUUGUGAAAUCAACAAAAAAAUGAAUAGAAAUUGCAAAAUGAAAGAAAUUAUGGAAAUGUUUCAGCUAAACCAAAACUCUUACAAAUCAAAAUAAAGACUGAUGAUCAAACAAAAAAAUAUAUAAAUAAAUAAAACAACACCAUAGAACAGCAUUCAUCAAGUAAAGAUUUGAAUUUCACAAUUAUUAACUUCAACGCUUUCAUGUAUUAUGAUAAAUAAUAAAAACAAACCAAAAAAUUCGUCGCGUUUCGGGUUCGUCGUCGCGUUCGCGUAAUCUCGCCGCUCUCGUCCGUUCGUUCGUAAAAUCGGUAAAUUCGGUAAUCGUCAAUCGUCACGUGGUAUUUCGUCGGGUAAACCAAAAAAAAAAUGGAAACAAAGAAAAGAAACAAAAAGAAAAUAAUACAAGGAUUACAAUAAUACAAAAAUGCAACUGUUACAGAUACAACAAUUUACUUAUACACUACACACACAUACACAUUACUACGGAUGAUAUUCAUAUACAAAAUUAUAGAUUUUCGUUUAAUUUAAAGAGAAGAAUGAAUAGGGAAAACAAAUUUGAGAUUAGGAUUUCGUUGAGUAUGAUAAUUUGUUGUUUUUGUGCGAUCUGAAUAACUGAAUACAAAAAACAAUUGACUGAUCACUUUUUAAAGUAUUAUUAUAUAGUUUUUUUUUUCGUUGUAUAGGGACAAGUGUAAUUAAAUUAAUCAUUAUGCGAGUACUACAUACAUCUAUACAUACAUAUAAUUUGCAUCGCAAACUUUUGCUUUCAUUUACGUUUUGUAUAGGCUUUCGUCUUUUGCGUAAGAUCCUUUUUCCCCUCCCCCCAAAAGAAUCAUUUCUAAUGUACAGAAAUUUGUAUGUUGUUUAUUUUUUUUACAAUUGUACUAUGAUUAGGGUGUAAAAACAAUGUACUACUAAAUGGAAACAAAAGUCUUUGAAAUUGUCGCGGAACAAAUGAAAAACAAAAACAAAAAAGAAUAGGGAGAAUAGAGAAACUAAAACCAAAACUCAGUCAGAAUAAAGUGAAGAUUAAGAAGAUAGCUGAUGAUGAUGAUGAAGAUGAUGAGUAAACCAAGUAAAUCUAAGUAAUAGUAUUAUGUAAUUAAAUGCAAA